AUGGACUCAGAUCCUGGAUUCGUCGCUGCUGUAGAAGAAGCAAAAACAGGUUUCGGAGAAGGAGGAGUUCCUAUAGGCGCCUGUCUAGUCUCGAAAGAGGGGAAGAUUCUGGGUAGAGGACACAAUAUGCGUGUGCAGAAAGACUCAGCAACUCUACAUGCAGAGAUAUCGACGCUGGAAAACACUGGCAGGCUCCCAGCUUCAGCGUACAAAGGUGCAACGAUGUACACGUCUUUAUCCCCAUGCGAUAUGUGCACUGGCGCCUGUGUCCUGUACAAAGUGGCUCGAGUUGUGAUUGGAGAGAACAAGACCUUCGUUGGAGGUGAGGCAUAUCUCAAGCAGCGAGGAAUCGAGGUCAUCGUGCUGGAGAACAAAGAGUGCCAGGACCUGAUGAGCAAGUUUAUCGAAGAGAAGCCUGGUGUCUGGUGA